ACAACACAUUCAUUCACUUAAGAGAGAGAACUCUGCGAACUUCACCAUUGGCAAGUUCAAAACAUUUGAAACCAUUUGCAAAAGGACAAACACAUUUUUUUGCAAGUUUUGCCACAACUUUUAUUUUAGAACUUUAUAUUUUCUUGUCACCAUGGGCUUUUUGACUGCUCUUUUCGGUGUGACACUUCUUGCUUUGUGUCAAAUCUUUGGCAGUUACCAUGUAAAUGCGGGGAUGUGCUGGCUGCAGCAGAGCCAGGAGCAGCGCUGUGACAUGGUGCUGAUGCGUGGGGUCAGCAGGGAGGAAUGCUGCGCCGGGGGCCGUCUAGACACGGCCUGGUCCAACACCAGUCUGCCCAUUAAUGAGGUCAGCCUGCUGGGCUUCCUGGGAAUCGUGUCCUGCAAACUCUGCAAAGAGACCUGUGAUGGUGUGAAAUGCGGCCCGGGGAAGGUGUGUAAGAUGAUGGUUGGACGUCCUCAGUGUGUGUGUUCUCCUGACUGCACUAACAUCUCCAUAAAGCAUGCUGUGUGUGGGAGCGAUGGGAAGUCCUACCGUGAUGAGUGUGCUCUGCUGAUGGCCCGCUGUAAGGGCCACCCUGAUCUGGAGGUCAUGUACCAGGGAGAAUGCAAAAAGUCGUGCUCCAACGUGGUGUGCCCAGGUACCCACACCUGUGUGACGGACCAGACUAACAGUGCCCACUGUGUCAUGUGCCGCAUGACCCCCUGCCCAAUACCGCUGAAGUCCGAGGUGCCUAUCUGUGGCAAUGACAACAUCACCUACCCCAGCGCCUGCCACCUCCGCAGAGCCACCUGCUUUCUGGGGCGCUCCAUAGGAGUGCGUCACUAUGGCAACUGCUCUAGUGUUCCGAGGAACAGUCUGGAUUUGGAGGGCAGUGAGGAGAAUUCACUCUAGAGGGACAGUUCUGGUGUGGUCCACCUGGUACUACAGUCCACCUGGUAAGAAGAUUUCCAAGAGAUCACCUUCGAUAGGUUGUUGUCCCGCUGUUCACUCCCCAAGCUCUGAUUGAUGUUGACAUCUUUUUUUACAAUCACCUAUCCCCUCCAUCUCUACCACCUGUACAUAGAAUGACGAUACAUUUGAUGUGGGAGAACCUGCUGGAAGAAACCAUUUUUAUUCCAAAAGGAAACUAAUACUGCAUUUGUUGAUGCAUGCAAUGUAUGUUAAAUGGGAUGAUUUGCUCGUAAAACUGUGGAAACAGACGAAAGGCGUAUAUCUUAAAAAAUAAAUAUCUAGUCGACUUUGAAUAGAGGAAGAUAUGUGUAUAUUGUAAAUAAAUACCACUACUAUU